AUGUUCCAACUUGGGUGGCCCACUGAAGGUUCUUUUUCCCUGCCACUGAUCGUGGCAGUCAAGAGCAGGAUUUUUAAUUCUUCCUCUAACGGGCAUCCUGACCAGGUCCCAUAUAUUGUUGUGUGGGAAAACUUGGUCAUAGACCCACCUUCAUGGGUUAGGCCCUUCCUCCCAUCAACAGGUACAACAACCGUGUUAGCCCUCAAAGAAGACAAAGAAAAACCUCCUGUACUGCAGGAUGCAAAUCCAGAUCUUCUCCUCUUAGAUCCCCCUCCUCCUUACCCCCCAGCUCUUCAUCCACAGGCCGUGCAGCCGUCAGCCCCAACAGUGGAGGUGCAGAGUUCCGGACCAGCCCGAGGGACCCGCAGUUGGCGGGCAAGCUCACCAGAUGCUGUCCCCACAUUUCCUCUUAGGGCAUACGGCCCCCCAGAUGAGGAUGGCAACCAGCCCCUGCAGUACUGGCCUUUCUUCUCCUCUGAUCUUUAUAAUUGGAAAUCUCAAAACCCCCCUUUCUCUGAACACCCCCAAGGACUCACUAACCUUGUAGAAUCCCUCCUUUUCACCCAUCAGCCCACAUGGGAUGAUUGUCAACAGCUUCUCCAGGUUUUGUUCACUACAGAAGAGAGACAGAGGAUCCUCCUAGAGAGCAGAAAACAUGUUCCAGGACCUGACAGCAGGCCCACCCUCCUCCCUGAUGUCAUCGAGGCUGGGUUCCCUCUAACUCAGCCUCGCUGGGACUUCAACUCGGCAGAAGGUAGGGAGCACCUAAAAGUUUACUGCCAGGCUCUAAUGGCAGGUCUCCGUGGGGCAGCUAAGCACCCCACCAAUUUGGCUAAGGUAAGGGAAGUGACCCAAGAACCCAAUGAGUCUCCGUCAGCAUUUUUGGAAAGACUCAUAGAGGCAUUCCGCUGGUUUACUCCCUAUGAUUCUAGCAGUGAAAAACACAAGGCUACAGUAACAGUUGCCUUCAUUGAUCAGUCCUGUAAAGACAUUAAGAAAAAGUUACAAAAGCUAAAAGGCUUACAAGAUAAGACCCUGAGGGAAAUAGUACAGAUAGCUGAGAAAGUUUUCACAAAAUUCUGGCCACUCUGGAGGGCCCCUCUUCCCCCAAAAAAAUCAUGGGUACAAGGGGCCACUGGAAAUAAACAAUAUUCAUGGACUACCCGAAGAACAGUGGAUCUUGGCAUGGGCCGGGUAUCCCACUCGUUCAUUGUCAUUCCAGAGUGCCCUUACCCACUGUUAGAAAGAGAUCUCCUAACCAAAAUGGGCGCCCAAAUCCAUUUCAGCCCUGAGGGAUCUCAGGUGUUAAAUCAACAGGGAAAGCCUUACCAGGUAUUAACUCUAAGAUUAGAAGAUGAAUACCAGUUGUUUAAACAGCAAAAACAAAAGACUGAACAAAUGGACUGGUGGUUGAGCCAAUAUCCACAGGCAUGGGCUGAGACGGCAGGAAUUGGGAAGGCUAAAAACAGACCCCCUGUCUACAUAGAACUAAAAGCUCAAGCCAGUCCCAUAGCAGUCCGGGAGUACCCAAUGUCCCGGGAGGCACGAGAAGGCAUCAAGCCCCACAUCAUGCGCUUGCUCCAGCUGGGGGUCUUGCGGAAGUGCCAAUCUGCUUAGAACACUCCCUUGUUGCCGGUCCAUAAGCCUGGUUCAAAUGACUACCGGCCAGUCCAAGAUCUCCGAGAGGUAAAUAAUCGUGUGGCCGAUCUCCAUGCCACCGUUGCUAAUCCUUACAAUCUCUUAAGUUCAUUACCUCCAGAAAGGACCUGGUACACAGUACUAGACCUCGAAGAUGCAUUUUUCUGCUUGCUGUUGGCUCCAAAAAGUCAAGAUUGCUUCGCUUUUAAGUGGAGAAACACCGAGGCAGGUCUGACUGGGCAACUCACCUGGACCCAUUUGCCUCAAGGAUUCAAAAAUUCUCCUACUAUAUUUGAUGAGGCCCUCCACCAGGACCUAGCCAUGUUCCGGUCCUCCAGCCCCCAGGUAACUCUGUUACAGUAUGUAGAUGACCUCCUCCUAGCAGCAGCCAACAAAAAUCUAUGCCUGGAAGGGACGAAGCGCUCCUUACAGAGCUGGGGGAGCUGGGCUACUGAGCCUCGCCAAGAAGGCCCAGAUCUGCAAACAACAGUUUAG